GUCCUGCAGUGAAACAAACACAUUUUAACACAAACAACAAUUGGAAAACAGAACGAGAGAGAUAGAAAAGCGUCGGUACCUGAAAAUUUGGUGGGUAUUGUAGACACUACAGACCACCACGCAUCUCCUCCGCCGUGAGAAACCCAACCUCGCCGGACCUGCAUGGAUCCGUCCGGCUCCGCUUCUUUCGACAUAUACGAGAUUUAUUGCCGAUAUUGUGAUAUUAGAAACGGAAAUGGGUAUGGGGAAGGUUAUGGACAAAUCGAUGAAUCACAGGUUGUCAGAUAUACAAAGGAGGCAUUAACUCAGCUCUUAAAUCUGGUGGAAUCAAAACUUUCUGCUAGGGUAUCAAUCUUUGAUGAAAUUGGCAAGCUAAUGUCACAGCUUGACUUGGUGGUAGACUUCUCAGAAUUCUCGUGCUUCUAUGAGUUCGUUUUUUUCUUAUGUCGUGAAAGUGGUCAGAAGAGUAUCACUGUUCCUAUGGCCAUUUCUGCAUGGAGAAUAGUCUUAGCUGGAAGGUUUCGCUUGCUGAAUCAAUGGUGUGAAUUUGUUGAGAAAAAUCAGCGGCAUAACAUCUCUGAAGAUACUUGGAGGCAAGUUUUAGCUUUCAGCCGGUGUGUGCAUGAAAAUUUGGAAGGGUAUGAUCCUGAAGGAGCUUGGCCUGUCUUAAUAGAUGACUUCGUUGAGCAUAUGUACAGGUUUUCGGGAUCUAAUGUUAAUUCUAACUUCUGUAACUGUGGCGACUCAGAAUCCUGGUCAUGCACAAAUGAUGAACUUCUACCUGGCUUGAAGAGUUAUCCCGGUUUGAAGAGGAAAAUACCGGGGGAUGUUGGUCUUGAUGAAAUGGAGUCCUCACCUACCCCCUUCCCACAGAGUACAGACUUGAAUCCUACAUUAAGUUUUAAGAGGACUCGGGUGAUGUCUUACGGGCCAGCAAAUGAUAUACCUGGAAAUCAUGUAGACGAAUGCAUGCACGUUAUUAGACAUAGCAGUCCAUUAAAUUCUUCCAAAUCUCCAUGUGCAGUUGAAGGUUGCUUGUCAAAGGGCUUUGCGGAACUCUUACGGGAGAGGGGAGUUUCAUUUACAUAAAGUCACCAACAUUCUUUCAUUGACCUAUUUCUAUGCUUUGGAGACCAAUUAGGAUUCCUCUCUUGGGGAUGUCUUUCAUUGAUUUUGUUGGCUGGUGUUUAUAGUCCUUGUAUUGCAAUUGACAAAAUGAAUAAAUAAAUUUGUUUUUCCUGAUAUAAUAGGGUACUUAAUUGAAUUUUAAGCAUUUUUGAUGUUGGAGAGGCCAAUUGAAAUUGAAUUAGUGAUAAACUGUGUUUCUUUUC